CCUCCACACUCACGGCGGCGCGCUUUCCAAUGAGGCGGCGCUGGCGGCGCGCUGCUCCGGAUCCGCAUGGUGGUGCUUGGGACCACGUUUGCGUACUGGCUCAUUGGAAAAGAGCAAGCCUUUGGAAAUGUAUCUGAUCAGGGUUUUACCGGGACUGAGAUACAUCUCGGGAAAGCCUCAGCACAUAUGGAGGACCGUGCAGUGCAGAGGGGUUCACCUGCGGAACGGAGCUCAGCAGAGUAACGUUAAACCCCUCACCUGGUCCCUCCACCUGAGCAGGGGGCUUGUGCUUCAUGCCCUCCGAAGGACGUUUCUAAAGCCUGGAGUUAACGAGGUUCAGCCAUACAUCUAUGGACGAUGCUUUUCCUCCCAGCCGGUCAGCCCUGAGGAUGGAGUCCUGAUCUACACUGGCAAUCUGGGCAAAGCUGUGCUCGGAGUGAAGUUUUUCUCCUACUCCACCAGCAUGUUCAGCUUGUGCGUGAUGCCCUACGUCCUCACGAAGACGGGCCUCGGAGCGAGCAGCUUGGCAAUGAAGGUGGCCUUCUGCGGCUUCAUCGGCUUCUUCACCUUUCUGACUCCGGCGCUCCUCCACCUGAUCACCAAAGGCUACGUGGUGCGCUUGUAUCACAACAAAGACACGGACAUGUACACGGCCGUCACGUACAGCGUGCUUCUGAUGGAGAAAAAGACUGUGUUUCACCAGAGUGACGUCAAAAUCCCCGACGUGAGCAGGAUGUUCACGAGUUUCUAUGCCAAAAAGCGCUCAAUGCUCGUAAACCCGAUGCUUUUUGAAUUGCCCCACGACUACAACCACCUGAUGGGUUACGAUCGGCCGUUCUCGUUCGACUUGGACGAUUUAAAAAAGCCAGAUAAAAGUUAACUGAGUUCCGGUUGGUUGUAUCUCUGUAACACUUCAUAAGCGCAUAUAAAGAGGAACGGUUGUGAACGAGAUUUUGAACGCAGGCUGAAAGAUCUCAGUCGAUAUGUUAGUAAGAGUGUAACUUAUUUGAGGAUUUCUGCUAAUAAACCUCUGUCUGUUUAUAAUAUGGUUCAGGCUCAGAAGCUUUGCCCACAGAGGGACAGGCAUAUCGUCCUCUUGGACUUCUAAGGCUCUAUCCAUUGAAAUUGAGUUAUUCACAUAUUUGUAUUCUGGGAAAACUUCCUAAAAUGAUGUGAUGUUUUUCAGGUUGUGUGCAUUUUUGGACUCGAGAAGGAAACGAAGGUUCUGUCACAGUCAGACUCUUAACUUAAUUCUGUAAGGUUCUGUCUGUGAGCCAGUCAGCACUUCAUAAGAGGACCAGUCAUCUGCUUCUUUGGCAAGUCGCCGCUCUGUUCAGUGACGGCAGGAAAAGUUUAUAAAACUUCAGUGAAACUCUGCCUGUCUUCUUAGAACCCUUUAAAAAGUGUCCCUGGCUUAAAUUUUAUAAAUAUUAAGCAUUAAAGGUAAUUAAAGAGUGAACAUUUGAAUUGA